CAGCCUCGUUUCGAGAGCUCCAAAUAACUGCACACAAUAACAAAAAAUUGUAUCAAAAAUAAUCAAAUUUUCAAUAAAAUAUUUCACACACGGAAUAUCAGACAGUGAAAGCAUUUUUUUUUUCUUUCGUAAAGUCGAUACAUCCGAUGAAUUUUGAUGAGCCUUUUUCGUUCAGAUAUAUAUAAACUCCGGUGGAUACAAUUUUUUUGAUUAUAAAUAUAACUGCUCUGAUUGUGACCGUUUCAUUGUCAAUGUUGUGUUAAUAUUGUUGAGAUUAUCGGGUUUGUCAAACGAUUGACUGAAUAGACCAGUGUGAUACGUAUCCUCUGUGAAACAGUUCGGUAUAUAUUUAGUAAAAUGAAGCCAGUGAUAUUAGCUGUGAUUUUGUUCAUAACUUAUGUGCUAUGUGAUGAGUUGAAUCCAAAUGACAACUCAAAUUCCACAACGGAAACGAACAAGAACAAACGGGGAAUUCUCGGAUAUCACGGAUAUGGUCACGGUUUACAUUACAACAUACCACAUUUUCACAGCAGUGUACAUCAUGUCACGCCAUACGCUGCUCGAUUUCCGACAAUUUAUAAAAAUUUCCAUUACCCAACCGGUUAUGCAUUGUCGCAUGGUGGUGCUUCGGUUACUUCGUACAACAUAAAUUAUCCGAAGUAUUCGUUCCAUUCGCCCAGACCACAUUUACAUGUACCAGUUCACUCACCCAUACCGAGACCAUUGAUACCGACACCGCCAGUUGUAAUUGCGCCAAAGCCAAUCGUACCAGUGGCACUGCCGACCUUCACUUCGAAGCCAUUGAUUCCAAUCGGAAUACCAGCAUUUUCGAACCGUGUUCCGUUCAUCGUAUCAAAACCGAUCCCGGCUCCCUUUCAUCCACAUGGAAUAGCCACAUCCGGAAUCGUACCAUUCGGAGUUCCAUCACAAUUCAUUCCAGUUCCAGUACAUCCGACAAUAAACUCUUUUCCAGCAGUUGCUAGUACGCCAGGAUCCAUACCGUUGCCCGGUUCAACGUAUGUAACUAAUACCCAGCCAGAUCCUUGGCAUCCGAUUUUAGUCAAUCAACAACCAGCGCCGACAUUUGCUACAACUCCUCACAUUCAUCGUCCGGCUGUAAAUCUGCUACCACCAUAUGGUCAGACCGAUCAAAGCCAUCAAGCUCAAUUGGAAUUGCAACAAGACAGUUUCGAUUCGGGAUACCCUGAAGAACAGUACGCUGGACGCGUGAGCCAAUUGUAUUUGAGCCCGAAUCCUAAUUCUGAGAAAAAUCAACCAUUGCUGCAACAGCCACAAUUCACCGAACAAGAUAUUUCGCAGAUUGCUUUCGAUCAACAAGGUCAAGGGCGAGGCUUCCAGUUCAAAUACGACCCUCCAUCGAACAACGGACAGUAUACAGGUCCUUCCAGCUAUGAAGUUGAAUUAGGCAGCUAUACGAGAGCAUUCUGAUGAAAAUAAAGAUGUUUAGGUAGAAUGCGUUUACAAUGAGUUUAUGUGGUUUAUGUAUAAUGUGAUGUUGUUGUUAUUUAUUUCAAAUUAAAAUGAAGUGAA